CGUGCCCGCAUAGCAAAACCGCUUUGCCGCCCUGGCUGGCGACGCCGAGGGCUGUACGACCAGCCGAACAGAGCCGCAAGCAUUGGUCCUCCCUUCCUCUCAAGUCAUCGCUGCGUUCCUGGCAGUCCGGGCACAACAAGCACUCGAGAUGAACGUCUCGACUUGUCAUACCGGCCAGAGCCAAGCUGGACCUAGCAGCGCAUUCCUACCGCACGAGCAAUCGGCAGCAACAGUCGAGUACUAUCAAAAGAGAGAAGAGGAGGAGCGCGUGCGUCAUGCGCACAUACAGCAAUCGCUUGACAAACGACUUGGCCCUGAGCAUCUCAGCAGUCGUCCCGGUCCAGGAGGCAGAAAGCUGCACUACCUCGAGGGCAACAGAGCGAUCGGUAUAGCCAACCAAGUGUGGGGCUAUGACGGUUGGUCGACAGAGAUCCUCGAUCAGCAAUUCGACUACCAUGAGAUGGAUCCGGUCACAAAGAGGUGGUCUACAUGUGCAUCUGCUACUGUCAAAGUCAUCCUCGCUCCGUCUUUGAGCAUCCCGGGCUAUCAAGCCUAUCACACAGACGUGGGCACCGGUGACUCCACUGGCCCUGACCGCGCGCAGACUAUAGCUCUGGCAAGGAAAGCUGCAGUCACUGAUGCGACAAAGCGUGCGCUACGCUGUUUCGGCGAGCUCACUGGCAACUGCUGCUAUGACGAAACAUUCACCAAAGGCCUCAGUAAAGUAGCGCCCGUUGCGGCAAAGAACAGAGAGAACAAAUACGACAAUCUGUAUCGUGGCAAUGACAACUUACGUCCGCCGCCGCCCCCUCAGGCUUACCCGCAAGAGUCGCAAUACGAUUCGGAUGCAUCCAACGCUCGUCCCAUGAUUACGCGAUCUGCAGAUUCUGCGGUGUUUGCCAAACCUGUCGUGCCUGCUUAUGCUCGUCAGGCAGCCAGCGUUGAUGCCUGCGCUCCUGUUUGCAAGGCCGCGCCAGCAGCUGAAGAGGAAGCCGAUUUCCCGGACGACGAGUCCCUUUUCGAUCAGAUGGACUCGGACUUUGUGGGCGUCGAUAUCAAUGCGAGCAUGGUUCUGGAUCGGUACCAGCCAGCUGUCGGUGACGUCCCAAUGACCCGUGCUACUGCUUCCGUUCUGCCCGGCGAGCCAAAGAGGAAAGACGCUGCUGACGAUGUCAGCUUGGUCGAGCGUAAGAAACAAGAAGCAGCCGCCAAGCGCGAGGCAGCCAGAGCUCGUCAGGCUGCAAGGAGCUCGACGCCCGUCCGUACAGGUCAGCCUGAGACUCGCGCACGCAGCUCCGCCCCCGAGGGUCCUUCGGUCAGUCUUGUAGCGGCUGCAUCGGCCAUCAAAGCUACUGCUCCUAUUUCGCCCUCCCAAGCGACCUCGGGGUUUGCCACCGCCCGCAACCUCAAACGUAUUCAAGACCCUAUGGUCAACUCGUACCCUCAGAAGCGCUCGUCGCAAUCUCGCAUGCCUCUCAGCGAGCUACGCCCACAAUGAUGUCUGUGAUCCCCC